GGGUGCGGGCAGGGGGUUGUCACCGCCGCCACCGCCCCUCAUUGCGGUUCCCUCCCCCCGCAGCCUGCGGCGCGUGGCCCCGCUGCCGCCCGCACGAUGUCGGUCGAGGCGCUGCACGCCGGCGAUGCCAUGAAAGGGAUGGCGGUGAGAACCCCCUUCACCUCGGCCAUGCCCAUCCGCAUCCUCAACAAGGGACCCGAGUAUUUCCGACGGCGAGCUGAACCGGCCGCCCGAAAACCCAGCGCCGUGGAGAGGUUAGAGGCCGAUAAGGCCAAGUACGUGAAGAGCCAGCAGGUCGCCAGCACCCGGCAGGAGCCGGUGAAGCCGCCGCUGCUCAACCAGCCGCUCUUCGUGCCGGGCGUGCGCCGCGCCACUCUCACCCCCAGCCGCAAGACGACGCCGGGACCGCGCUCAGCAGGCAGGGCCAAGACCUCGCUCAACCUGGAGAUCCUCAACCACCUCAUCAACGGCUGCGACAGCCCCAACGCCGAGAGCCC